GAAACAUGCCAAAAGAAAGUUUCAGACUCUCUUACCAAACAUCUCCCUAUAAAUAAUACAUUUCAUUUCAUUCUCUAAUCCAAUUACAAUUAUUCCAUUCCAAUAUAAUAAGUAACUCUCUCGAUACACAAACUUCUACAACCAACAUUGCACUCAUUCAUAUCUUCUUCUUCUUCAACGUUGUUGUUCUGUCUGAUUAAUUUCAAUGGGAAAUCCUCUACAGCUCAAAUCACUUAACCACAUCUCCUUGGUGUGUAAAUCACUAGAAAAAUCAGUUGAUUUUUACGCCAAUGUUCUUGGCUUCGUUCCAAUUAAGAGACCUACCUCCUUAAACUUCAAUGGUGCAUGGUUGUUUAAUUAUGGCAUUGGUAUACACCUUCUUCAAUCAGAUGAUCCAGAAGGCAUGACCAAGAAUCCAGACAUAAAUCCAAAGGACAACCACAUAUCUUUCCAAUGUGAGAGUAUGGGAGCAGUGGAGAAAAAACUGCAAGAGAUGAAGAUAGAGUAUGUGAAGAAUAGAGUUGAGGAAAAUGGAAUAAACGUUGAUCAGUUAUUCUUCCAUGAUCCAGAUGGAUCUAUGAUUGAAAUAUGUAAUUGUGACAAUAUUCCGAUCGUGCCUUUAUCAGAGAAUAAAGUAUGGUCUUGUUCGCGUUUCAACUGUAAUAUUUCAAACCGGCAGCAGGAGCAUCAGAUUCAACAAAUGAUCCCAAUGUAGUUUUGUAUUUUAAGUUAGUAGCGGUGAUGAUGAAAACUUGUUAUGAAUGUAGAAUUAGCGGUUUUUUUCCUCUAAUUUUGUGUAGGAUUGAUUUUUAUUCUAGUAGAAUUUGAUUCUGAACCUUAGAUGUAGAAUGAUGUAUUUGACAUUGAAUGGCAAUCCUAUGUCUUUUUUAAGAAAA